GGGGAGGAGGCCGCCGCGCGCCCCCCGGCGCUGCCAAUGGCGUCGGUACAAAGUGACCUUGGCGGCUCCCCCCCGCCCCUUCCGCCGCGCUGCAUCCGGGCGCCCGCCGCCGGCCCCGCCGCGCCUGCGCACAGCCCGCCCCUCCCGCAGCGCCAGCCCCAGCCCGUCGGCCCUGAGGAGCGGCAGCCGCAGCCGGAGCCGGAGACGCCGGAUUGUGGCCCCCGGGGACGCCGCCCGCCGAGAUGUUCGCCUGCGCCAAGCUCGCCGCCUCGCCCGCCCUGAUCCGUGCUGGAUCAAGAAUCUUGUACAGACCAAUUUCGGCAUCUGUGUUUUCUAGGCCAGAGGUCAGGACUGGAGAGGGCAACUCAACACUUAAUGGGGCCCAAAACACUGUCUCCCAACUAGCACUUAGAGAAUUCCAGACUAGUGCUAUCAGCAGGGACAUUGACACUGCUGCCAAAUUUAUUGGUGCUGGUGCUGCCACAGUAGGUGUGGCUGGUUCUGGUGCUGGUAUUGGAACAGUCUUCGGUAGUCUAAUCAUUGGCUAUGCCAGAAAUCCUUCUCUGAAGCAGCAGCUGUUCUCAUAUGCUAUCCUGGGAUUCGCCCUGUCUGAAGCUAUGGGUCUCUUCUGUCUGAUGGUUGCUUUCUUGAUCCUAUUUGCCAUGUGAAAGGAGAUCUGCCUGUAAUACUGGCAUUGGAAUGUAACUCUGCAUAUUUUAUGGGACUCCCAAAAUGUUGGUGUCAUGGAAAUUGAUGCUAUUUCCAAAGUCAUUUCAUUAAAGAUAACAACUUUAACAAC